AUGCUUCAGCGGGGAGCUUCUGCAGUCACAUCCCUGGAUCCCAUCAAUAAACCAGUAUUAAACAGCAGGAUAUGUACCUUCCAGAGUAUAAGGGAGCAUGUUCUGUGGGGAUUCAGUCGAUAUUUUCUUUUUCAGGGGAUGAACAAUCAGUACGUCCGCCGGGAGGUCUUCUGCCGGAACACCUGUCACGAACUCAAACGCUUCUGGGAAAGGGAAAUUGGCAAACAGACUUACUACCGAGAAUCAGAAGAACAUCGCCUGGGAAGAAGUGCACUGAGAAAGCUCAGGGAAGAAUGGAAGCAGAAAGUGGAAACAAAGCUGAGACUACGCAGCAAUCCAGAUGAGACAGAAAAGCAGGCUAACGUUGGCCAAGAGCUUCAUUGACACAAGAGGAUACAAAGCACUGAGGUCAUUCUGCCGGGACAAGCCAGUGCAAAUCCCUUAGUCCCUUUACUACACCAUACAUAUCCCAUACCGUUGUUUCCCCCACCUGUGAGGGGAUCUACCUGUGAAUCCUUCUCCAGUGCUGAGUGGGAAUUAUUAGCCAAGAUAGCCUUCUCUUCAUGGGAGCCAGAAUAUUAUUCCCUGUACCUCUAAAGAUGGAAUUAUCUAACAUCAAAGCUCUAUGCAGCUUACCUUAUUUCCAUAUUAUUAUCUUCUAAUUUUGAAAUCCCAAUAUUUGAAAUUCUAAGCACAUGAGGUGGGGGGGUGAUGAUUUUUACGGUCAUACUGAGUUGACCAAAAAGUUCACUCAGGCUUUUUGAUAACAUCUUAUGGAAAAACUCAAAUGAACCUUUGGCCAACCCAAUACUUUAAACAUUUGCACAGUAGUCUUGCUCCACAUUUCCCCUAAGAAACAGAUCAUGUAAUCCUUUCUCUUGUUUUCUUUUUAUAAGAGAAAUGCACCUGUCUGCAGCAAUAAAAAUAUUGUAAAUAGUCAUUCGUAUAAGGUUUAUAAAUUAAUUGAUCUAAUACUAUGUUUUCUUCACAUGAAUUUAAUUGGCUUAUUCAAAAACAUGUUCACAUAGAACCACUCAAUAAGAUUAGGAUAAUUUUAAUAUAACUUGGUUGACAUGCCAUUGCUGGCAUGUGUGCUCUUUGUUUUGGCCAUUCAGGCAUGCAGGGUCUUAGUUCUCCUGACUAGGAUCAAAUCCACGACCCCACAGAGAAAGCGAGAAGCCUUAAUCACUGGACCACUAGGCAAGUCCCACAUGCUCUUCAUUUUCUUGCUUUAGAUCUCCACAUGCCAGCAGCUCAGCUAAGGUGUAUCUUGCCACCCAAACAAAGUGUCUGUCACAUAGAUUCUGGACUUUGAAAUAUCAUUGUCACUGCCCAGCUAUCUCUCAGAGCUCUUUACAGGGUUGCUGCUUCUUAAAGUGAAAAUUAUAACUAGGCCUGGUGCACUUCCCAAACAGGGCAAAGGAGCAGAGAGAUAGAUAUAUGUUGUAAAGUACCUGACAGUUGUAGGCAGCGAGCACCUGCAAAGCCUUACAUAGUCAAGCAGCAGUGCUACCAGGAGACACAGAGAGCGAGGCAAGGCAAUUCUGAACAGAGAAAGUGAGGUGUUCCAGUCCUCUAAACGCCCUGAUGUAUCACAAAGCGCUUCCAUUAACAUCCCCAGGGGACCCAGAUAGGAAUCACCAUCUCAAUGGGAGACAAGGAGAGUUAGGGGAGCAUUUCCUCAGAUUACACUUAUAUGAUACAGGAAACAGGGCUUAGAGCCCUUCUCCCUGCCAUGGUCUCUCAUUCAACCUGGGAUUCAAUUCUAUGAAUAAACCACGAAUCUCAGUUGGGAUCAUUGAGAGCAUUCUGAUGAAAGAUGAAUUUUUGUUGGAUAUGAGAGGGAAAGUGAAAGCGUUAGUCACUUAGUCGUAGCUGUGUCACUACUCCAUGGACUGUAGCCCA